CAUCUUCAGAGCGUUCACCGGCAAAGCAGGGAGUGGCUGAUCCAGCUCUGAGCGGCACAAGCACCGGAACUAAACUACCUAGAUAAAUAGGUCACCCUUAAGUCGAGCCCCAUUCCUGUGAAGACAGAGAUGCAUCCGAGCGGUUUUCUUGGCAGCAGUUUGGAAAGAGUUUGCUCUUGCUCUCUUCCAUCAUGGUUCUGAGGCUCCUGGUCCUUGGAUUUGCCGCUGAGCCCCCACUGAAGCACCAACUGGACCAGCCCUGCUGAAGUUCCAAGCCCAGGCCUCUGCUGAGACGUCUUGCUGUAAAUAGCUCUGUUCUCGGAGUCCUGAAAGCAAGCAGCAGGGUUCACCGGGGAGAAUGCGCAAAUCGCCAGCAGGGAAGCAGUGGGGAACAGAAAGAUGUCUCUGAGAGUCCACUUGGGUGCCCUGGUACUCCUCCUGUUCUGCACGUCCAGCUCUGUCAGGGGAGAGGCUGAAGAAAUCAGUGUGGAAAUCUCUUCGAAGGAUGUGGUUCUCAGCUGCCCAGGAGAGAAAUCUCAGUGGGAGAAGAGGAAAGGGGACACUGUUCGCCCCCAGGAAGAGGGGAGGUCUCUGAUCAUCUCCACCCCAGAGGAACUCGAUGAGAUUGCAGAGGGGAAAGAGUUCGUCUGUAAACGAAAUAGUCAGAGCCGCAUAUCCCAGAAGAUUUAUCUGAAGAUCAAAGUGUGCAAGGACUGUGUGGAGCUGAGCAUUGGCCUUGGGGCCGGCAUCAUCAUCGCCGACCUCCUCCUCACCCUGGGGGUCCUGCUUCUGGUCUACUUCUGCUGCAAGACGCAGCGCCCCUCCCUUGGAGCCAGCCUUGCUGGGGGAGGCACCCCGGGACGGCAGCAAGGCCAGCAAGCAGACUGCCCCCCGCCUGUUCCAAAUCCAGAUUAUGAGCCGAUCCGGAAGGGCCAACGUGAGGUGUAUGCCGGCCUGGAGCCACGGGCUUUCUGAGGUGCUGCCUCAUGUGCUGUGCUGUGGUGAGACACCAUACAUUCCAGCUAGCAGCGAGAGUCCCCAGAUGGGCCUGCCGCUGCCUGUUUGCACUAACUGCUGUCCCUCCUGGUGGGGGGAGGCCCCCAUUUGUGCUGAGUGUUGCAGCUAGAAAAGUGGUCCUUGUGUGGCCCGGAGAGCCCCAGAUGGAGCAGGGACAGCUGCCGUUUGCAGAGGUUGGCCCCAGGAUGAAAAAAGGCCUGCUUUCCCACUUGUUUUGAUUGUGCUUGCAAAGAAUCCUAAUAAACUGUGGUCCAGCCUGUUCCA